GCCACUCGGCGGCGGCCCCGGAUCCAGGCCGGGCCGCGGCUCUUGCCGCGCAGCUUAGCCCAUCCCGGCCCAGGCGCCAAGCCGAGGCCGUCUGCUCCCCGCACCCGGGAGUAGCGGUUACUUCCGCGACCGGUCAGGUGUCCACCCCGGCAGGCCCGCCUGCAUCCCCGCCCGGCCCCGGGCUCCCAGCCCGUCCCCGCCCCGGGGCCGGGGCCCCCGCAGCCUCCUGGUCCCCGCGCCCCGGCCCCGGUCCCCCGGGCCAUGCGGCCUCGGCCCCGCCGGCGCCCACCGCGCACCCGAGGAGAUGAGGCUCCGCAAUGGCACCUUCCUGACGCUGCUGCUCUUCUGCCUGUGCGCCUUCCUCUCCCUCUCCUGGUACGCGGCGCUCAGCGGCCAGAAAGGCGAUGUGGUGGACGUGUACCAGCGGGAGUUCCUGGCGCUGCGGGACCGGUUGCGUGCAGCUGAGCAGGAGAGCCUCAAACGCUCCAAAGAGCUCAACCUGGUGCUGGACGAGAUCAAGAGGGCCGUGUCGGAGAGGCAGGCGCUGCGAGACGGAGACAGCAAUCGCACCUGGGGCCGCCUAACAGAGGAUCCACGCCUGAAGCCGUGGAACGCCUCGCAGAAGCACGUGCUGCACCUCCCCACUGUCUUUCACCACCUGCCGCACCUGCUGGCCAAGGAAAGCAGCCUGCAGCCGGCCGUGCGCGUGGGCCAGGGCCGCACCGGAGUGUCGGUGGUGAUGGGCAUCCCCAGUGUGCGGCGCGAGGUGCACUCGUACCUGACAGACACGUUGCACUCGCUCAUCUCGGAGCUGAGCCCGCAGGAGAAGGAAGACUCGGUCAUCGUGGUGCUGAUCGCUGAGACUGACCCACAGUAUACCUCACUGGUGACGGAGAAUAUCAAGGCCUUGUUCCCUACAGAGAUCCAUUCCGGGCUCCUGGAGGUCAUCUCCCCUUCUCCCCACUUCUACCCUGACUUCUCCCGCCUCCGAGAGUCCUUUGGGGACCCCAAGGAGAGAGUCAGGUGGAGGACCAAACAGAACCUUGAUUACUGCUUCCUCAUGAUGUAUGCACAGUCCAAAGGCAUCUACUACGUGCAGCUGGAGGAUGACAUCGUAGCCAAGCCCAACUACCUGAGCACCAUGAAGAACUUCGCCCUCCAACAGCCCUCAGAGGAUUGGAUGAUCCUGGAGUUCUCCCAGCUGGGUUUCAUUGGGAAGAUGUUCAAGUCCCUAGACCUAAGCCUCAUUGUGGAGUUCAUCCUCAUGUUCUACCGGGACAAACCCAUCGACUGGCUCCUAGACCAUAUUCUGUGGGUGAAAGUCUGCAACCCUGAGAAGGAUGCGAAGCACUGUGACCGGCAGAAGGCCAACCUGCGGAUCCGCUUCAAGCCAUCCCUCUUCCAGCAUGUGGGCACUCACUCCUCGCUGGCGGGCAAGAUCCAGAAACUGAAGGACAAGGACUUUGGGAAGCAUGCACUACGGAAGGAGCACGUGAACCCACCCGCUGAAGUGAGCACGAGCCUCAAGACAUACCAGCACUUCACCCUGGAGAAGGCCUACCUACGCGAGGAUUUCUUCUGGGCCUUCACGCCAGCUGCGGGGGACUUCAUCCGCUUCCGCUUCUUCCAGCCACUGCGACUGGAGCGGUUCUUCUUCCGCAGUGGGAACAUUGAGCACCCAGAGGACAAGCUCUUCAACACGUCUGUGGAGGUGCUGCCUUUUGAUAACCCGCAGUCAGACAAGGAGGCCCUGCAAGAGGGCCGCUCAGCCACUCUCCGGUACCCUCGGAGCCCUGAUGGCUACCUCCAGAUCGGCACCUUCUACAAAGGUGUGGCACAGGGAGAAGUGGAUCCUGCCUUUGGCCCACUGGAAGCACUGCGCCUCUCCAUCCAGACAGACUCGCCCGUGUGGGUCAUUCUGAGUGAGAUCUUCCUGAAAAAGGCCGACUAAGCCGAGGGCUUCUGAGGGUGGACUUCCGCUGGCCCUGGAGCCCGUGAGACCUAGGAUGUCGUCGCUGCAGCCCCUGGAGGGCCAGGCGCCGCCACCCCAGCCUGAGGGGCUCUGCCUGGCGCCCCGCUCUGCCAGCCUGGGGUGGCCGCUGGCCCGGAGGCCCCAGGAGCUGGUGCUGCCCUGCCCGCCAGGCCGCGGGAAGAGGCAGGCGGCCCCCACACUGUGCCUGAGGCCGGCCCGCGCCGCCCAGAACCCUCGCUCCCUGGCCCGCUUGAGCCAGGCCAUUUUAGAAGAGCUUUUUCCUGGGCGCCCGCUGUCUCCGGCGCGAACACUGGAAUGCAUAAUACUACUUUAUGUGCUGUGUUUUUUAUUCUUGGAUACAUUUGAUUUUUUCACCUUAAGUCCACAUAUACUUCUAUAAGAGCGUUACUUGUAAUAAAGGGUUAAUGAAGUGUGUGCCUC